CCAGCUGCGAAUGGAGUUUUGGCGGUUAAUAAAUUUAUUUUAACACUAUAUGAAAAGUUUAAAAUUUUAUAAUUACUUUCGAACUAUUAGAAAUAUGUAAACUUAUUGUUUUGUUUUAUUGGAUUUGCUUCAUUCAAACCUUCUUUGUUAUAACGAUUGUUUUGACAAAACAAACAACUUUAAACCUCUUGCAAAUAACUAGUUAGUGUAAAAUUUAAGUCUAUACAAGUACAAUGGGUGAUUAUCCGGAUCCUGAUGAAGAAUAUGAGCUCAUGUAUUCCGACGAUCUUGAUUUACUACGCGACAUAGAUGAAAACUCAGAAUCGAAUCCGGUAAGAAAAAAAUUAAUGCCCGCAAAGCGAAGCUUAGAUUUUUCAAGUCCUAUUGCUAAUAAGAUUCCAGUUGUUAGUGAAACAUGUAACACAAAUGCUACCAGCAAUGAAAAUACUUCAAUAAGCUUAACUCCAAGCCUCACAGCUAUGGAAGACAUGCUUGCCCCGAAUGCUUCUAACAAGAGAACAGUUGAGGAUUUAUUUGGUGAUGUUGAUGAUAUCGAUUUUGAUAAUAUACAUUUACCGAGUAAAAGACAAAAGACAGAGGAAGAAAGUGACAUGGAGCUAAUAGAUAAAAUUAUUGAAAGUAGAAAGAUGAGACAAAAACUAGCUGAACCUUCUUCUAGAGGUAUUGCUGAUAAUGGAAUGGAUUAUAAAAUAAAUGAAAACCUCACUACCAAUGUUCCAGGUUGGCCUUUCAUGGCCUUUACAACUUGGAAUGGAGAUCGUGCUUAUGUGAGAUUGGAGUGCGAGGAUAUGUGGGAAAAGUCGUUGGAUGCUGUAACCAAUCAGUUGUCAUUGAAGUCAACAUAUGCAUCUGUUUGGGAGGAAGCUAGAAAAAUUUUAGAAACCAAGAAACAGCAGCAGGAAAGACCUGAUAUAACUGAAGAAAUAGUUACAAAUGAUAAUUUUAAUGAAUUAUGGGUAGAGAAGUAUAAACCAAAAUCGUAUGUGGACUUGUUGUCUGACGAGCCAGUCAAUCGGGCGGUUCUACAUUGGCUUCACUUGUGGGAUAAGGUGGUAUUCAAGAAAGAGGUGAAAACAAAAGAACCACACCAGCGUAACGCGUUCAGCAAGCGUACAGGACAGUUUCAAUUGAGUAACAAAUGGAAGGGUAAAAAAGAUGAUGAACCAGAAUUAGAUGAUGAUGGUCGUCCACAUCACAAAGUGGUACUGCUGUGUGGACCUCCAGGUGUUGGGAAGACGACUCUGGCACAUUUAUUGGCUAAAUUAGCAGGGUACAGACCAGUUGAAAUAAACGCAUCAGAUGAGAGGAGUACGGAAGCCUUCCAGUCAGCGUUACAGAGCGCCACACUCAUGCAGUCCGUUUUAGAUUCAGAGAGAAGACCAAACUGUCUAGUGCUAGAUGAAAUUGACGGUGCUCCGAUACAAACUGUGGAGUUGUUAGUGAAGUGGUGUACCGCUAGCAUGAAGAAAGAGGAAGGUAAGAAGAAAAUCAAGACACAACCGUUGAGGAGACCUGUUAUUGCCAUAUGCAAUGAUUUGUAUGCUACUUCAUUAAGACCUCUGAGAGCGUGCGCGCUGGUGGUGGGCGUGCGCGGCGCGGGCGCGGCGCGGGUGGGCGCGCGGCUGCGCGGCGUGGCGCGCGCCGAGCGCGUGCGCGUGUCGGCGCGCGCGCUGGCGGCGCUGGGCGCGCGCGCGCGGGGCGACGUGCGCGCCGCGCUGCAGCUGCUCGCCUUCCUGCACGGCCGCUCCGACAGGCCGAUAAGUUUAGAAGAUGUAGAGAAUGCAGCGAUCGGUACCAAGGACAAUACCACGAGCAUGAUGCAAGCGCUGCAAGCGAUUUUUGCCAUAGACGAUAACAACCCUGAUUCCAUUCUGAAAACUAUUCAAGCUGCAGGAGAAUAUGAUAGGAUAAUAGAAGGAAUAUUCGAGAACUAUCUCGAGGCGAGAGUGGACUCAAGGCUACUCAUAGCUUGCGAGACGACAUCGUGGCUGCGACUGUACGACGCCAUCAGUACCUGGAUUCAGCGUAACCAGAACUACUCGAUGUAUUCCUUCCUACCGCUCUGUAUAGCGCGGUGUCACGGUUUGUUGGCUUCGAGGCAGACUACGAAAGUGAAGUUUCCUUUGCAGGCACAGGAGAUGUCGCGGCGGCGCACGGAGCUGGAGAGCGCAGUGUGCGGCGUGCGCGCGGCGCGGGCGGACGUGUCGCGCGCGGCGCUGCGCCUGGACCUGCUGCCGCUUCUACCCUACGUGCUCACCCCGGUGCUGCGCUCCGCUAACGUGCAGCUUUGUAGCGAGACCGAGCGUACAAGUCUGCGCACAUGUGCGGGAGCUAUGUGCGACUACGGCUUGCGCUACACGCAGCAGCGGACGCCCGAGGGGCUGUACGCCUUCGUGCUGGAGCCGGACAUAUAUAAAGUUGCUUUCUUUGGUACCGAAGAAAAGCUAAGACCGUCUCCCGCCGUCCGACAAGCAAUCGCGCGCGAACAACAACUGGAAGUUAUAAGGAGGAAUGAAAAUAUGAUGAACCGAAUGAGCAAUAAGAAUGAAAGUUCCGAGGUUAAACGGAAGGGGGAUCAACAAACGCUUAACAAAGAUGUUAAGACCCAGUUACCAAAUCACCUGCAAAGGUUACAGCCGAAAGUCAUCGAGAAGACUACCACCCCGCAAGUUCAUAAGGAUUUCUUCGGGCGUAUCGUUCCGAUAUCUCAAGUACAUAAACAAGAUGCUGUAACCGAUGUUAUAUCUUCAAGCAACGUCUUCUACCAGUACAGAGAAGGAUUCAACAACGCUGUGCGUCGCAGUGUCCAUCUACGUGAUUUGUUAUAACAUACGUAUAAUUAAGAAAUGUAGUAUAUAUGAUCAUCGUAAUCGCAAUGCACUGCUGGAAAAAGCCCUCACCCAAGGCGCUAAAGCUUGCGAUCAUCCACCUUCCGCGUCCAGUUGGGUCCAUCUUCAGAUCAAUCCAACAUCGUUUAGUAUAUAUAAUAAAGUAAAUUUAAUUAAACAUUCAUAAAGUUGAAUCACCCAAAAACUGAUAAAAACAUAUGAUUUUUUCAAUGAGGAACAUUUUGUAUUGCUGUUCUAAUAAUAGCCGAGAUGGCCUAAUGGUUAGAACACGUGAAUCUUAACCGAUGAUCGUGGGUUCAAACCCGGGCAAGCACCACUGAGUUUUGUGCUUAAUUUGUGUUUAUAAUUCAUCUCGUGCUUGACGGUUUAGGAAAACAUCGUGAGGAAACCUGCAUGUGUCGAAUUUCAUUGCAAUUCUGCCACAUAUGUAUUCUACCAACCCGCAUUGGAGCAGGGUGGUGGAAUAACCUCCAAACCUCAAAAGGGAGAGGAUGCCUUAGCUCAGCAGUACGACAUUAACAGGCUGUUACUGUUGUGUUCUAAUAAUAUAUCAGUGAGUCAGUUUUCAGGUACGAUAUCAUCUUAGUGAGUAGGUAAGCAUAUCGGUGUAAAUUGAAUUAAUCUUCUUGUUUGUACUGCUAAUGCUCAAGAUGACGAGAUUCAUAAAAUAAUUGAAUAUGCACAAUGUACAGUUCAAAAACCGAUUGUGUUCUAUUAAAAAAUAAACUUUGUACUCAAGUAUUUUUC